AUGGAUUCAAUGGACAAUAUUAGUACAACAACUGUAGCACCGGACAGUAGUUGUUCUUUGACUAACGGAGAACUAAACAAUUCCUACGAUUUAACACUUCAUAUCGUAUCUGUUUUUGUGUUGUUGAUCAUCUCAUUAUCUGGUGCUUUUGCUUCAGUUGGCUCAGUAAGAGUGAAAUUCUUACGUAUUAAUCCAAUUAUUAUCAAUACAGGCAAAUUUUUUGGUAGUGGAGUUGUAUUGGGAACAGGUUUCAUACAUAUAUUACCAGAAGCUAUACAAACAUUAAAUAGUGAUUGUCUUCCAGAAUCUUGGACUGCAUACAGUGCUUAUGGUGGUCUUUUUGCUAUGAUAUCUGCUCUGGCUAUGCAAUUGCUUGAAUUUUUAGCUCAUCAACGAAUUUAUUCGAGACAAUGUGGACACACUCAUAUCACAAGAAACAAAAGUGCUAAUGAAAUAGUGAUAACAGAAGAUAAAAUCGAUGGGAGAGAGAAGAAGAAGAAGAAGAAGACGAUAGAAAACGAUACGGCAGAAACUUCAGCUAUGAAAUGGAACAGUCACUUGAGCGAAACAACAAAUCAUAAACACGACGAUUUGAAACAAAUCGGAAGUAGAACGGAACAACCUAAAAAAAUAGAACAAGCCAUUGAAACCACCGGAAAACCGGUCAGCGACACUCAAUCAUACGAUCAUUUAGACGAAUCGACACAUAUUACACAUAUUCAUAGCCAUGGUGACGUAGUACACAAAGAAAAUCAAAACGGUAUCAUAUUAAUUGAAAUAACAAACAAUGAAGUGACAUCAGCAUCGGCAGAUCUUUGUGAAGUAUCAGGACAUAGUCAUGGUAUAGCUUUUCAUGAUGAUGGCGAAGCCAGUAAAAUAAGUACUUAUCUACUUGAAGGCGGCAUAGCGCUUCAUUCGGUUCUUAUUGGUUUAGCCUUGGGUACAACAGCGGAUUCCUUUGUUGCUCUAUUUAUUGCACUUUGUUUGCAUCAAUUCUUUGAAGCUUUUGCGCUCGGUGCACAAAUUGCUCGUACAGAGAAAAUCUCAUUGAGAGCAGCUAUCUUGAUGGUUAUAUUUUUUUCUCUUACAACUCCUGUUGGCAUUGCUAUUGGUAUUGGCAUUCAUUCUGGUGCAUACAAUCCCAAUUCGGUGACUUCCUUGCUUGUUACUGGUAUCUUAGAUGCAAUAGCAGGUGGCAUUCUUAUUUAUGUAGCACUGGUUAAUUUAAUUGCUGCUGAUAUGGGUCUUCAUACAAGUGAAUUUUACUCAUUCAGCAAACGAUUAAAAUUCUUAUAUUAUGGUGCAUUAUAUCUCGGUGCAGCAGCAAUGGCUGUGAUUGGACGAUGGGCGUAG